AUGAUAGCAAUAAAAAACGAUAAGCAAUUAAUACGAAAUGAUUGGAAUACAAAUGAUGAGAGUAGAGAAAUUUGGACUCGAAAAGCUGAUUUUUUGCUAUCUGUAAUUGGCUUUGCCGUUGAUUUAGCCAAUGUUUGGCGUUUUCCAUAUUUGUGCUUCAAAAAUGGCGGAGGAGCUUUUUUAAUACCAUAUACAUUAAUGGUAUUUUUUGCUGGUGUACCAUUGUUUUAUAUGGAAUUAUCGCUUGGCCAAUAUUACAGAAAAGGAGCAGUUACGACUUGGGGUUGGAUCUGUCCACUUUUUAAAGGAAUAGGAUAUUGUGUAAUAAUGAUAGCAUUUUAUACGGAUUUCUUCUAUAAUGUAAUUAUUGCCUGGUCUCUGCAUUUUUUCCUGAAAUCAUUUACCACUCAUUUGCCAUGGGCAUCAUGUGAACAUGAAUAUAAUAGUGCUAUAUGUUAUGAACCAAGCUGGAAUAAUGACAAGGACAGCAAAUGUGCCCAGCCAUUAAAUAUAUCUGAUAUGGGUGUUAUAUCUGCUGCUGAGGAAUAUUUCUAUAAGGAAUUUCUUGGGUUGCAUAUGCCCGGUGCGCCAAAUUCAUCUGUAGCGCAUUCAUUGAACAAUCUUGGUUCACUUAAUUGGGAAAUGAUAGUAUGGUUUACGGCAAUAUUUCCAUACGCUGUCCUACUAAUACUGUUCAUUCGCGGUAUCACUCUACCGGGAGCUGAAAAAGGCAUCAAAUAUUACAUUGAGCCAAAUCUUGAAAUGCUAACUGUGCCAAGUGUUUGGCAAGAUGCUGCAACUCAGGUUUUCUUUUCAUUGGGACCAGGAUUUGGUGUUUUAAUGGCUUAUUCAUCAUAUAAUGAAUUUCACAACAAUGUUUAUCGUGAUGCAUUAAUAACAAGUGCAAUUAAUUGCGCAACAAGUUUUCUCUCUGGUUUUGUCAUCUUUUCGGAAGGCCCAGGACUUGUUUUUGUUGUCUAUCCGGAAGCAUUAGCAGCAAUGCCGGGUUCAUCAAUAUUUUCCGUCAUUUUUUUUCUUAUGCUACUUACACUUGGAUUAGAUAGUUCAUUUGGUGGUUCGGAAGCAAUAAUUACUGCAUUAAGUGAUGAAUUUCCGUUGCUAAAACGUCAUCGCGAAUAUUUUGUUGGCAUACUAUUUACAUUUUAUAUGUUUAUUGGAAUUGCUAUAUGUACUAAGGGUGGUAUCCUGAUUAUGGAAUGGUUAAUUGUGUACGGUACUUCAUGGGGCUUAUUAAUUGCAGUUUUUUGUGAAACAAUUGUCAUCUCAUUCAUUUAUGGAAUAAAUAAUUUUGUGCAAAAUUUAAAAGAAAUGCUGGGCGUUGAGCCUGGAUAUUAUUGGCGUUUAUGUUGGACUAUUGGUGCGCCACUUUUUUUACUGUGUACAAUAAUCAGUUGUUUCGCUAAUUACGAACCAUUAAAGUAUCAAGAUUUUGUUUAUCCUCAAAUAGCUAAUAUUCUUGGCAUACUAUUCUCUCUCUCAACUAUAUCAGUAAUUUUUAUCGUUGGCUUCUAUAAACUUUACAUCGAGAAAGGUGACACACUCACUAUGAAAUUGAAAGCAGUUUUAACGCCUCAACGACGGGACCUUACUAAUGAAAUUAUCGUAUCUACAUUAAAUGAUGAAAUAAAUUUGUAA